AUGGUAACCAAAGACCUCGAGCAAUCUGGCUGCAGAGACAUCUUCAAUGCUUACGUGUCUACAGGGCCCCGCAGGCAGGUGACCGCUGCCUGGCAGCGUUGGGAAAGGCUGGGGCAGCAGUUCAUCGUGGGUGGACCCGGCCCCCUCGCCACGCCUCCCGCCACCCGGACAAGCGGCAGCUCCACCGGGCUACCGUACGGCGUACACCACCCAGCCUGGACCCGGGACGGAGGCCACGGAGACGCGCAGGCGAUGGCAGGAAAAGCCCACAGGCUGAGCACGGAGGAGAGGGAGCAGCUGCUGCCAAACCUGAGAGCCGUGGGGUGGAACGAGGUGGAAGGCAGAGACGCCAUCUUCAAAGAGUUCCACUUCAAGGACUUCAACCGGGCCUUCGGCUUCAUGACCAGAGUGGCUCUACAGGCAGAAAAACUGGAUCACCACCCCGAAUGGUUCAAUGUGUACAAUAAGGUUCACAUCACCUUGAGCACCCACGAGUGUGGAGGCUUAUCAGAGCGAGACAUCAACUUGGCCAGCUUCAUCGAGCAGGUUGCAGCUUCUCUCUCCUGACUAGAGACACAUGAAGCCAAAACCCAA